CACCUCUCGACUCGUGCACAGACCAUCCGCCUCCAACGCCCACCGCCGUGGCCAUGGUGUCUGGACAAGGACUCGCGAACCUCGCAGGCGUGCGCCAUGCGGCGUCCUUCGAAGCCAAAAGCGAAGGCUUGACCCAAAUCGAAGAGGUGGCCAACAUGCUGAAGGUUCAAACCGACGCCCUCGCUGACUUGCACUUGAAGAUCAAGAACGUCCAGGACACCGCGGGCAAGAUCGGCGACUUCGCGAACAAGAUCCGCGGCAUCGAGGUGGAGCUCGGGGAGGCCAAACAGGCGGCGGAGCAGGUCAUCAGCACCAACACAGGCAUGGGCGAAAUCGCGCAGGAGGUGGCCAACAUCAAGGCGAAGGCGGCUGAACAACAGUCUGAUCUCAUCCUUGCAAAGGAUGCGGUGGAUAAGCUGAUCCCCACCAAUGCCAGCAUCACCGUCUGGUGCUCACUGGCCCCCUUCUCCGCACCUGCGAGGUCGAGGCGCCAGCACCACGCCUUCCUAUGACCGCUAUGAUUUCUGCCGCGCCGUCGCGAGCGCGUUUCUGUCGCGUGUGUUGAAACCGCGUGGUGGUGGGGUCUCACUGGAGUUCCCAAAGGAGGAGGUCGCAGAUGAGCAAAAA